AUGCGAGUCACACUAUUUAUCCUCUCUAGCAUCUCUGCUAUAACCAAGAUCGCCGCUUCAACAGCACUCCCGAUACCAGUUUCUGAGGAAGUACCUCCAAUUAUCAACCCAAUCGUCGACCCAAUUGUCGAAUCAAUUAUUGAACCAGCCGUCGAGCCGGUUGCUGAGCCAGUCGUCGAGUCAAUCGUCGAACCAGCUAUUGAACAAGAUGUUGAGCCAGUUGUCAACGCAGCAGUCGACCCUAUCAUUGAAUCAAUCAUCGAGCCAAUUAUCGAUCCGGUUGUCGAACUAGCUAUUGAACCAGCUGUCGAAACAGUUAUUGAACAAGUCGUCGAACCAGCCGUCGAACCAAUUAUCCAACCAGUUGUCGAACCAAUUGUUGAGCCGAUUAUUGAACCAGCCGUCGAGCCAAUUGUCGAUCCAAUUAUUCAGCCAGGUAUUGAGCCGGCUGUUGAACCAGUCAUUGAACCGGUUAUUGAACUAGUUUCCGACCCUAUCGGCGACCCUAUUAUUGACUCUAUUGUCGAGCCAGUUAUCGAGCCAAUUAUUGAACCAGUUGCCGAACUGGCUGUUGAACCUGUCUUCGAAACAAUUGUUGAACCUAUCGACCCGAUUGUCGACCAGAUUCCCGUCCCAGAAACUCCCUCCCGCAUCUCUACUGGGGUGAUCCCAGAGGACCUCAAGAAUGCCAUGCAAGGGAUACAGAGUCUAGCGUCCGACUUAAUACUGCAAGCGUCCAACAUCGGAGGCGACGGUGUGAAGGUCCAGGUUAUUGGAAACACAUUCUUGCACUGCCAAGACAUGGUUGAUAGGAUUCAAGAAAUAUCCAGCAAGAUCAGUCGUCCUCCCACGAUACUUUUCGGCUGGGAAGAUCAGGGGGCAAUUUGUUCGGCCUUUGACACGUUCGGCAUCAACCAAACCAAGCUCGUUACUGUGCUGUCCAUGGAACCCCAGAGCAUAGUAAGGGACGGCUUUGGCGACCGCUUUCAAGAAUGCUUCGACCUGCUUCGACCAGUGUUGAGUCUCUUCAUUAAGCAGCUCAUAAUAUAUACACCUACGUGUGAAGCUGAAAUGCUGAGAAGGAUAGACCAACUGGAUGUGGCAUUUAGCAAUGCCAAGAUGAGGAUCGAGGAUGCUCGGCAGAGCUAA